AAACUUAAAGAAAUUAAAAUUUCUUUUCAUUUAUUAGAAACAGAAGACUGUUGUUACUUAGAAAUGUGUGUAUUGUUUGUAAGGGUCGACACCUCCUUGAUGCCCUCGUCGGGAUGACACCAUUGUGUCAGAUUCUAUUGACACAGAAGCUGUGAGGGUGGUCUAUUUUUUAUUUGGACUUUAGUCACAUGAGCGGUCAUGUGUGUAGAUGAUCUGACUCUGGAUGGUGGAGGUCUACAAGACAGCCAGGCGAAAGUGAAUCACUCUGAUACCAGUUAAACAGAACAAAAAAACAGACCUAGACACUGCAAGUUGUUGUGAGAGAGAGAUCUUACAAUAAAUCUUGCAUUUUUGUAACAUUGAUGUUUGAAGAGAUCUGUUUGAAGAUCAGUUAACUUCUCAAAAUGGAAUGGUUAUUUGGAAGACGUAAAACACCUGAAGAAAUGCUGAGGCAAAAUCAGCGUGCGUUGAAUAGAGCAAUGAGAGAUUUGGACCGAGAAAGAGUUAGAAUGGAAAAUCAAGAGAAAAAGAUAAUUAAUGAUAUAAAGAAAAUGGCCAAACAAGGUCAAAUGGAUGCUGUUAAAGUCAUGGCAAAAGAUUUGGUUAGAACUAGAAGAUAUAUUAAAAAAUUCAUAUUGAUGAGAGCAAAUAUUCAAGCUGUAGGUUUGAAGAUUCAAACACUACGUUCACAAAAUGCCAUGGCACAAGCUAUGAAAGGUGUAACAAAAGCCAUGCAGAGUAUGAAUAAACAGCUUAAUUUACCUCAAAUACAAAAAAUUAUGCAAGAAUUUGAAAAACAGUCUGAAAUAAUGGAUAUGAAAGAAGAAAUGAUGAAUGAUGCAAUUGAUGAUGCCAUGGGUGAAGAUGAUGAUGAAGAAGAAACUGAUGCUGUUGUUGCCCAAGUUUUAGAUGAACUCGGUUUACAGUUAUCCGAUCAGUUAACAGAUUUGCCAUCUGCUUCUGGAACUUUAGUUAAUAAAACUGGCGAAGCAAAUAAAGCAACUGCCAUUGCUGAUGCAGAUGCUGACUUACAAGCUCGUUUAGAUAACUUAAGGAGAGAAUAA